UACAUUGUUGAAACUCCAAGUACUGGUUUCGAAACCACAUCCUACACUUACUGGACUGGUACUACAGCCAACACCUUGUCUACCAUCACCACCACUUUCACUGGUUCCGAUGGUAAUGAGACUACCGAAACCAUCUACAUUGUUGAAACUCCAAGUACUGGUUUCGAAACCACAUCCUACACUUACUGGACUGGUACUACAGCCAACACCUUGUCUACCAUCACCACCACUUUCACUGGUUCCGAUGGUAACGAAACUACCGAAACCAUUUACAUUGUUGAAACUCCAAGUACUGGUUUCGAAACCACAUCCUACACUUACUGGACUGGUACUACAGCCAACACCUUGUCUACCAUCACCACCACUUUCACUGGUUCCGAUGGUAAUGAGACUACCGAAACCAUCUACAUUGUUGAAACUCCAAGUACUGGUUUCGAAACCACAUCCUACACUUACUGGACUGGUACUACAGCCAACACCUUGUCUACCAUCACCACCACUUUCACUGGUUCCGAUGGUAACGAAACUACCGAAACCAUUUACAUUGUUGAAACUCCAAGUACUGGUUUCGAAACCACAUCCUACACUUACUGGACUGGUACUACAGCCAACACCUUGUCUACCAUCACCACCACUUUCACUGGUUCCGAUGGUAAUGAGACUACCGAAACCAUCUACAUUGUUGAAACUCCAAGUACUGGUUUCGAAACCACAUCCUACACUUACUGGACUGGUACUACAGCCAACACCUUGUCUACCAUCACCACCACUUUCACUGGUUCCGAUGGUAAUGAGACUACCGAAACCAUCUACAUUGUUGAAACUCCAAGUACUGGUUUCGAAACCACAUCCUACACUUACUGGACUGGUACUACAGCCAACACCUUGUCUACCAUCACCACCACUUUCACUGGUUCCGAUGGUAAUGAGACUACCGAAACCAUCUACAUUGUUGAAACUCCAAGUACUGGUUUCGAAACCACAUCCUACACUUACUGGACUGGUACUACAGCCAACACCUUGUCUACCAUCACCACCACUUUCACUGGUUCCGAUGGUAAUGAGACUACCGAAACCAUCUACAUUGUUGAAACUCCAAGUACUGGUUUCGAAACCACAUCCUACACUUACUGGACUGGUACUACAGCCAACACCUUGUCUACCAUCACCACCACUUUCACUGGUUCCGAUGGUAAUGAGACUACCGAAACCAUUUACAUUGUUGAAACUCCAAGUACUGGUUUCGAAACCACAUCCUACACUUACUGGACUGGUACUACAGCCAACACCUUGUCUACCAUCACCACCACUUUCACUGGUUCCGAUGGUAAUGAGACUACCGAAACCAUUUACAUUGUUGAAACUCCAAGUACUGGUUUCGAAACCACAUCCUACACUUACUGGACUGGUACUACAGCCAACACCUUGUCUACCAUCACCACCACUUUCACUGGUUCCGAUGGUAACGAGACUACUGAAACUAUCUACAUUGUUGAAACUCCAAGUACUGGUUUCGAAACCACAUCCUACACUUACUGGACUGGUACUACAGCCAACACCUUGUCUACCAUCACCACCACUUUCACUGGUUCCGAUGGUAAUGAGACUACCGAAACCAUCUACAUUGUUGAAACUCCAAGUACUGGUUUCGAAACCACAUCCUACACUUACUGGACUGGUACUACAGCCAACACCUUGUCUACCAUCACCACCACUUUCACUGGUUCCGAUGGUAAUGAGACUACCGAAACCAUCUACAUUGGUUGA